AUGAUGAAGUUCUUGUUCAACGGUUUACUUUUCCACGCAUUUGCCUUCUAUGGUAUGUUUCAGAAAAAUUCAAAUUUAAUUUUCUACAUAAGGUUUCUCCUUAAAUCAAAUAAGAAAACAUCAUUUUUCCUUCCUAGUGUCUGCUGAGGAAUCGAGCACUGAUGCGGCGAGUACUUCUGACACAGCGGCUGCUGCUUCUGAUGCAAUUGGUAGUGAAUCUACCGCAACCCAGCAACCUGGCCCUUCCUCUGGCGCAUCAGAUUAUACUAAACCUAAGGGUGAUGAUUACACGAAACCGCCAUCUGGGCCUCCUCAAGGCGAACCGGGUGAACGCACAAUGAACUCCGGCGACUCGAUCCUAUUCAUGUCACAGUGCCUCCUCCUGCCACUCCUGCUUGCCGUGUUCGCUAAGCUGUAA